UAGUCGCACACUCUUCAGGCACCAUUAAUUAUUAGUGUAUUACGGAUAUCUGUAUCCAAGAAACAGCAAUUACUGUAAUUGAAUAUAAAUAAUAAAUUGCUGUGGAAUCGGAGCCAGGUUUGGUUAAUUUAAUAACGUUUACAUUAAAUGAGACAUCAAAAUAAAAUGUGCGCCAUUCGUUAUAACUAAGCAUCACAUUUGCAAACGCAGUUGAGGAAAGAAGUGUAGGUUAAUUACAGCUUUUGAGACCACUGUUUUACAUUACUGUAUGCAGUGUUCAGUCUAUAUUAAAACAUGGUCUGUGGGCUAAAUAUUGCUGUGCAGCUUUUCAGAAAAGGGAAUGCAUAGAGAUAAGAUGGCUGAUUUAUAACCAGCAACGAAUAGUCAACAUCGGUGGCUGUGGAAAGUUUACGUGUUAGUCAAGUCAAUAUAGCAAACAAAAGAAUGUUGCCAUGGCAAACAACACAAAAGUAAAAGAAAACAGGAACAAAUAAAUCAACUAGAAAGGGAUCCCGGGUGCGUUAUGUAAUGGGAAAGGAAUCUCAGAUAGAAUGGGUUGUUAAUGUGUUUUAUCAGGGCGGAUAAGUGCAAACAUUCAUAGAAGACAGCUGUGUGCCAAAUGUGAAGAUUGACAUAACCAAGGAAACGCAAAAAAAAAACACAUUUCCGUGUGAUAUUUUAUGAUGAUAAAUUGGUAUGUACUUGAUAGCACCGUCUGAAAUAUCCUAGAGUUAACAGCAUGUUCUGCCAAAACUAAGACAAACACAUUACAGAAUUGCUCUUCACCCAUUUGCCUUGUGAUCCAUAUAGGAAGGUCUGUAACCCAACUGUCGGAUUGUCUACGAAAUAUUGGUAGAGGUAAGUAUUUAAUCCGAACACAGUAUACUAUUGCAAUCUCUGCGCACUUCAAACUCUGCCGACUCCACCCUUCUUUAUCGAAACAACCCGCGCGCGCUACUUCUGCAAAGCCGACCAAACCCUGCCUGCUGUGUCAACGCAAGGCAUAAGGUAGUGACGAUGUAUUGAGUCUUCAGUGUAAAUACUUGUCACAAAAAUGGAGGAAUACAAAAAUCUGCCUCUUGAGGAAUGGGAUGAAGUGCAUGUGAGCUCCUGGUUGAAGUCUUUAGGAGUUAAAGAUCAGUACAUACAGAAACUUCAUGAAGAAGAAGUAACGGGUCCAGUUCUGAAAGAGCUACGAGAACAAUAUCUAAGUGAAAAGAUUGGAAUGAAAGGAGGCCAAAGCCAACUUAUUCUGAGUAAAAGAAAUGAACUGUUAAAAUCUAAGACAAACCCCAAAAAACGAAAUGAAGAGCAGACAGUUUUGCAGAAGGCAGAUUCAAAGGACUCUGCUGUUGAAAAUCCAAAGACGCGAGCAGGAAAUAAACCAGACCCUGUUAAAGAGAGCACUGCAGAAAAAGUGAAAACUGACAAAGCUUUAUCCGAGGCAAAAUCACGGCCAUUUGAUACAGAGGCAAUAGACUUUAAAUAUGUAAGGAACACAGUUCUUCAGCCAGAAACAGGCAUCAUAAAUCUAAUCGAUCCCUGUCAUGAGUAUAAAUCUUUUGCCACAGCAGCAGGGUUAGAGCGAACACGCUUGCAAGCAAAAUUUGCAAGAGAGGUUAUCAAAUUUGGUUCUGGCUGCUUAAAUGUUCGUACAAAUGGCACAAUACACUUUGGUGUCAUGGACAGCGUGGAAAAUACUGGUUAUUCACAUGGAGAAAUAAUUGGUGUACCUGUGAAUGACAAAGACAUCUAUGUCGAUGCAUUAGAUCACAUAGAGAAGUGUUUUACUAAUUCUUCUCAAAUGGAAGCUGUUCGGCACUGUAUACGGCCUCCAAGGUUUGUUGAAGUAAUAGACAAGGACAGCAGAGUGAAUCAUUGUGUAAUUGAAGUAGACAUUGUACCCACAGCAAAGAUAGUGAGUGGAAAAUUAUUCACAGUUCGUCUGCCUAAAUUUAAUGAAAAAUCAAAUAAGGUUGAAUUUGAAAAGAGGACAACCUAUCGCAGAGUAGGGGCCAAGACAGAACCAAUCAGUGAAGAUGAUCAGGUUGAUUUUAUUCUUGGCAUGCAAGAAAGGGACAAGAGAAGGGAAGAAGCAGAAUCCACACGACAUGAAAACCCUUCUGACACUUAUGAAGACCUGGGAAGAAAGCUGUCAGUCCUUUUAACUUGUGGGAAGAAAUAUAUAGAUGAUUCUCUGUGGUACAUUAUUGUUACAAACAAAUGUGAACAUGAGAAUCUGAAGUAUAUCAACUUCUUACUACACAUGAAUAUCUUCUGUGUAUUUGAUUUUGACCCAGAUUCUAAAUCAUCAGGGUUGUGCAGUCAAUACCAGGAGCACCAUGCAACGAAUCUUCACUUCCUGCAAAACUACGCAAAUGAAAGUGGGAUGAGCACCAGUGACUUCAUAAAGGAUUUGCAGCUGUUUGAUCAAACCAGCUGGAUAUUCUGCAAUGGGCGCAGUGAUUACCUUGGUGAUGAAAAUUCCUGUGAUGAAAAGACAUGGAUCAAAACCAAGAAAAAACAACUAAAAAAGGCAAUAUCAAUGAUUUGCAAUGAAAUUCUUCCAAAGGGCUCGUUUGUUGUACUUUUUGUUUUGAUGUCCCCUGUUGAACAGCCACUUGUUGAUACUUUCCAUGAAUUCUAUGCUGAAAUGAACGGACAUGAAGAUAUUGUUUGCAUUUCAGAAUCUAAAGAAAACUAUACCAAGUGGGCAAACGUUGCUCAGGUUUCUUGCAGCCUUGAAACAUUGAAUCAGAUGAGCGUUGUUGGAAUGAAAAUGAGCCACAUAGAUGCUACAGUUCAAAGCAUACAACUUUGUACAACACAGUCUACCAAGCAUUUGCCUGUCUUUAACAAGGGGCUGUGUUUACUCAAAACUGUUGAGGAAGAAAGACUGUUGUCCCUGGAAGUUCUGAGUGUUUAUCAAUGCGACGAUACCAACACUGAUUUCAUUGAUCAAGAACAAGUCAACAAUAUUGAAAGAUAUUUUUACCAAGGAGGAAAAGUAAGCUGGAUGAAUUUUUGGCUUGCAGACAAACAAUUAUGUGGAGAUGUUAUUCAACGUGAAGCAUACAGAGAUGUAGCUACAAUUCUAGAUGACAUUUUAAAACGGAACGUGCUAAACAAAACUGUAGCAAGAAUUAACAUAUACCAUCAUCCAGGCAGUGGUGGAAGUACUGUUGCACGACAGCUCCUUUGGAACUUCAGAAGGGAUCUGAGAUGCUCAGUUGUGAAACCUUCAUAUUCUGUUACAACUGUCUGUGAGCAUGCCGUCUGGUUGCGAGAAUAUGAGGAAAAAGACAGAAAUAACUGUCUUCCAGUUCUCUUGCUGGUGGAAGACUGUGAUGAAGAAUACCUUGAUGAGCUGAGGCACGAAUUAGGAAAUGCCAUUGCCUCUAUGAAGAUCACUCCAUCAACAUUAUGCUUUAUUCUGUUGAGCUGCAAAAGAUCUCAUGAUCCUGAAAAGAUGUGCAGAGCCUUACCAUUACAAACAGUUGCUGUUACACACAAAUUGACUGAGGAGGAAAAGAGAUUGUUCUCUAGAAAACGUGAGAAACUUCAACAACAAUUCCAACCCGAGUUCAUCUUGACCUUUGUUUUGAUGAGUGAGGAAUUUGAGGAACAGUACAUAAAAGACUUUGUGGAACAUUUGUUACAAGGUAUUGAUCAUUCAUCUGUUGAAACUCGUCUAAUCAGGUAUGUUGCAUUACUCAACUGCUACGUGCAGAACUCCUACAUCUCAGUAUCCCACUGUGAAGCUUUUUUGGGGUUAGGAGUCCAGAUGGAUAGAUUCCGUCACUAUAACUUUGACAGGUCAUUAAGUGAACGAGCAAGACUUGUGUUCACACAUCUAAGAGAGAGUACAACAUACAUCUCUUCUAUACGUAUAAUUCAUCCCUUAGUUGCAAAGGAAAUUUUGCAUCAACUGUCAGGUAACCAGCUACAGAGUAUAAUCGCAAUGGAUCUACUUCAAGAAAAGGUGCUUUUUGAUCACAGAUUUGGACGCGAUGAGUACCUAAAAUUGAUAAGGGAUUUGUUCAUUAGACGCUACAAAAUAAGUAAGGGAGACAACAUUGACAGCUUCUUUUCUCCUCUUAUUGAGCACGUAUGUACAAGAGAGAAAAACCCAGCUAAGGCCAUGGAUCUUUUAAAAACUGCUUACACAUGUUUUGGUAAGGAUCCUUUCUUUGCACAACAGCUUGCCAGGCUGUAUUACACCUAUGAAAUGUUUGAGGAUGCCAAACAUUGGGCAGAAGUAGCAAAAUCACACCUGCCACAUAACUCCUUCAUUCUCGACACAGAAGGUCAAGUGUAUUGGAAGUGGUUUAAUUUUAAAUACGAUUUGCUGGAUGAAGAGGAUUGGACGGCUGAAACUGUAACUGAAAUAAUUGGAAUUGCACUGAAAGCUAUUGAGUGCUUCCGAGCAUCUGAGAAGGCAGCAAAGUCAGAAACAGUUUCCAUGAACAAUUCUGGCUAUUUUGGGGAAGUAGACGUUGGAUGUCGGUUGCUGAAGCUCAUUUCGUUAGUGAAUGUAUUUGCAAAUAAAAACGAACCUUCAAAACUGAUGCAGUACCUGCUCACAGAUCACAUUCCAGAAGAAGUAAAAAGGCCCUGGCACAAUUUUCACAGCCGUUUAAAAGGCCUACAGAAGGGCAUUUACGAAGCUCUUGAAUGGAUUUCCGAAGAUUUAAGUUACUUUCAGACUGAAAAAAAUGAAGAGGAAGGGCGCAGUAGUAAAGAGUUGGAACAAGUAUACAACCCCAGAAAAUGGCUGUUGAGAAAAACCUCUGUCUAUGCACGUUUUUUUAGUGAUGCUUCUUUCAACCCAAGUUGCCAAACAGUUUCAAAAAGCACUGAUUCUUUAACUCCACUCACAAGGCGAAUGAAUAUUUACCGUCUCGGUGGGGGCAAUGUAACUGCCAUACUUUCCUUACUAUCUGACCAGAAAACUGAAAGGUCAGGCAGAAAACUGGAACAAAUAAUAAGCAUGCAUCCUGAGGACCCACAAAGGGAAAAGUUAGAUCACAUAGAUCUGGUGAACUACAUAUUCUGUCAGAUUGCACUAGGAUGUGCUUUACCUCGUUCUCAAAAGCUUGUUACUCUACAGAAACUAAGAGAACUUAGUUUGCGGUUUCAUAAAGAGAGAAACAACACAUCUCCUCCCAGUGCUUUCUUCUUGCUCUCUUUGUUGUAUUGGCCUGAAGAAUCAGAAGACAGAGAACCUAAUCAACAAAAAAACAAUAUCCUGAUGUCAGCAAUCGAUGCCUUGAAGAGACACUACGAUAUCAAAAUAAAAAAUGUGCCUUCUAGAAAAAAGCGAAUCUUCACUCACUUUUACUUAGGACAGGGAAAAGGUCUUGACAGGUUCAUUCACAGAAGCAAGCUUGAAAAAUUCCUCAAUGGCACUCUAAAUGAAAGGAGAUUGAAGUGGCUCAGUGGUGAAGUUUGGGCAACACCAGAAAUUGCCCAGCUGUUGAAACGUGUUGAAGGAUGGACAGAGAAUGGCAGUGUAUUUGUACGGGGCACCUCCAAGGGCAGCAAGAUCAGAGUUCUUCCGUUGUAUUCUGCCUCCAGGCCUAAUGCCAAUGAAAAUGUAACAUUUUACUUGGGCUUUUCUUUUGAUGGUCCAGUUGCUUAUGACAUUCAAGUUCACUAAAACUGUCCUUGCUUUUCUUUGUGCAAAUUAGUUAUUUGCUAAAGGCUUUUAAAAGGAAAGACUGUAACUGACCAAAUAUAAACAAAUGUGUUACACCAUAUUAGGUUCAAGGAAUGCCUGUAUUUUUAUUAUUUCUUAGUUUGUCUUAAAUACUCUGUCUAGCACAGGCCAUGAACGUCAAGAUUAAAUGUAGGCUGUAUAGUCCUUAUUUUUGUUAUUAAGCAUGUGAUUAAUAUACUGUAUAGAUAAGAAAUAUAUUUAACCUUUGGUUUGGUCCUUAAAUCAAAACAUGUUUUAAAUAUAAUAAUUCAAUGAAUACACUUAACAUUUACUAUUAGCAUGAGACAGUCUUGUGGCUCUAAAUACAAGUUACUGUAUUUUCAUUAAGCACUUAAAUAAAGAUUGUGAUGCCAAAUCCACA